AUGCACUACGAAUACUAUCAAAUUCAUGACCUUUUCCAUGAGCAGAACUCCCUGACAACAGAUGAAAAUGCUGUUCCAGCCGAGAUUAAUGAAAUUAACAUUGCGCAUUCAAGUAAAGCUGCUGCUACAGACUCACCGAAAGAAGACUGCUACAGCAAAACUGAGCAGCGGAUCCCUAGAAAGAGAUCUUCCAAGAAAGAUCGGCACAGCAAAAUCAACACUGCUCAUGGCCCAAGAGACCGAAGAAUGAGACUGUCCCUUGAUGUCGCCCACAAGUUUUUCGGCUUGCAAGACAUGUUAGGAUUCGACAAGGCGAGUAAAACAGUGGAUUGGCUGCUCAAGAACUCAAGGUCUGCCAUCAGAGAGCUGAUGCAAGGGCCUUGUAUUUACAAACAAACCUGCAGUUUAUCCUCUACUUCUGAAUGCGAAGUCGUGUCAGGAAUCGAUGAUCAGUCGGCUGCUUAUGAAAACAAGUCCACAAUCAUCAACAAAAAAAGUGAGCUAGACAAACCCUUUUGUACAAAAGAGAAGAAGAAGAGUAAAGUUGCGCGUACAACUGUUGCAAAGGAAUCAAGAAGAAAGGCAAGAGAGAGGGCAAGAGCAAGAACAAGUGAAAAAAAUUGCCUUCGCGAAAGUGAGCCAAAAACAGCGAAUAAUCACAGCUCGAUCCGAUUAAGGACUUGUCAAUUGGAAACUGGCGAAGAAUCAGUGACCCGAUGUUCAAACAUGAACCCUUCAUAUGAAAUGCUGGCUGAGGUUGAAGAGUUGAGCUCUCAUGGAGCGCAGAUUUUAGGGGCUAGAGAUGAAGACAAUUGGAACGCGUCUACCAUCUUAAAUUAUCAGCACGACGCUGCAAAUUCCAGCCAUGAACCUCAAUUCACUGACUUUCUGUUUUGUACUAAACCAUGGGAAGCCUACAGGAGUUAUAAUCUAUCUGGAUAA